AUGAACAACGAAUCCACCUCUCCUUACUACUUUCUCGAGUCUCCGACUAGCAGCGAAAGCUCGUAUUCAUCAAGCCAUUCUGCUUUCCAAAAUCAUUUGAUGGCUGCUCAGGCUGCUACGAGCGAUUACGGAUUAGGAUACGUAUGGGCUCCACAUUACCAGCAGGCCUUGAACCAGCGCGAUCUCAAUGACCAUGACUAUUGCGGACCCCAAUACCCAGCCCCGCCUCAGGCUACGAGUAACUGGGAUGGCGGGUCAAAAAGCUAUUCAUACCCACAGGAUCCUUCAGUGCAAUCUCAAGGUUGUCAAUUGCCUCUUCAUGCCCCAGUACCGCUUCCCGGACCUUCGUCCAUUCUCUUCACUGAUGUUGAGAGCACUCAUUAUUCUCAGCCAUCACCUCAUCUGGCAAACCGGCCGAUCUCUUCUCAAACUUGCCAAAACCGGACUCCUCCUGAUGCCCAUAAAGAAAAGUCAAUAUACGACUCUGCAGCUGCACCUCCUCAAAUGCAAACCUUCAUGAACCGCUUCAGCGUUGAACCCCCUGUCCAAGCAACCUUCCCUACUCCGUGUGAACUCCUUAGUGAGCUUGGCGUUGGUAGUGACCCUAGUAGUGCCAGCCCUGGCUCUAUGUCCGACUCUAGCUCUGUGGAGGUGGCUGGUCCCUCUGGAAAUGCCGACAUCCCUUCUCACAAACGUGAUUUGAAAAUUCCAACCUUGCGUCCUCCUGAACCUGAGGCAAUCACUUCUCAUGAAAAGAAGAGACAGUACCUCGAAUGUUUGGAACAGUACGUCCUGUACCUGCACGAACAACUGAGGCUUGUCGGUGCUCAACCUAUGCCUAUUGAACGCUUCUCCUCGUAUCGUGGGCUCACCAGCCGUUCUAUCAGAACUUUACUUGUGCACAUGGAACAGUCGACAGCAAAACUUAACGCCAAAACACAAACUGAAGAACAGCGGUUCCUUGCACUUCGGGACGCUUACCUUCGUCAAGAAGGCGGGACACUCUCGGACCCUUACGUCGCAACCUCUGUUGAAACAGGAGAAUAUUAUUCCAACUUGGACAACGCCCACUCUCACACUCGCCCGAAUAAUUCUUCUGACAGUGCUAUUACCGGCCCUUACCGCCCCAGCAAUGCAUUCAAUGGCCCUGAUACUUCUACAGAGCUCUGUAUGACGCACAACGUAAAUUCUUCCUUUGAGGAGGUGUAUUCCGCAGGGCCGUGA